UAAAAACAGUACUGCGUGCCAUGCCAUGUGUCUAGCGUGACUUUGACAAAAAAAGUGAUGAAUUAACCCAAUUUCUCCGUUAUUUCAAACUAGAGUGUGCUGCAUAGCCUUAAGAAUGGCUAUGAUGGUGCUAUACGAACACGCAUCAGGCUACGGCCUGUUUGCAAUCAAAGAAUUUGAGGAGGUCUCUGUCCUCCAUCACCAAGUUCAAGAAUCUGUGACAGACUUCGGAAAGUUUGCCUCGCUGGUCAAGCUGCAAGCCUUCUCUCCUUUCAAAUCUGGGAUCAACGCACUUGAAAAUAUCAACAGCAUCUCUGAAGGUGUGAUGACAGAAGACUUGAAACUCUUCAUGGAGACCAACAUGCCAGAGAGUGCUAAGAAGAAGAAGAAGAUCACUCUGGGUGUGGCCGAUUCGAAGAUAGGAGCGUCCAUCCAGGAGGAACUAGGUAUCCCUUGUCAGACGGGAGGGGUUUUCCAAGAGAUCGGAAGAGGUCUGAGAUACCACUUCCAUCGACUGGUCAAGGGGCUGACCGCACAGUCAGAAGCCAAAGCACAGCUCGGUCUGGGUCACAGCUACUCAAGGGCUAAGGUCAAGUUCAACGUGAACAGAGCAGAUAACAUGAUCAUCCAAUCUAUCUGUUUACUUGACCAACUGGACAAGGACAUCAAUACAUUCUCUAUGAGGAUAAAAGAGUGGUACUCAUACCACUUCCCAGAACUCGUCAAGGUCGUGCCGGAAAGCGCCCUCUACGCAAAGGUCGCACACUACAUCAAGAACCGCAAGGAGCUUAGCGAGGAUUCGCUUGAAGCGCUGGAGGAACUGACCAUGGACAGUGCCAAGGCUCAAGCCAUCCUUGAUGCAUCACGGUCAUCAAUGGGUAUGGACAUUUCUCCCAUCGACCUGAUCAACAUCGAGAGGUUUGCUGUCAGGGUCAUUGCACUAACGGAUUAUCGUAAGAGCCUACACACCUACCUGCAAGACAAGAUGCACGCUGUCGCUCCAAACCUAUCGGCUCUCAUCGGUGAACAGGUUGGUGCUCGUCUGAUCUCACAUGCCGGUAGUCUGACCAAUCUAGCCAAGUACCCAGCAUCUACUGUACAGAUCCUUGGAGCUGAGAAGGCCCUUUUCAGAGCUCUGAAGACUCGUGGCAACACCCCCAAGUACGGUCUCAUCUUCCAUUCCACGUUCAUCGGCAGGGCAGCACAGAAGAACAAAGGUCGCAUCUCUCGUUACCUUGCCAAUAAGUGUUCCAUGGCCUCUAGGAUAGACUGUUUCUCAGACAUACCCAACUCUGUGUUUGGUGAGAAGCUAAAGGAUCAAGUAGAAGAGAGACUGUCUUUCUAUGAGACUGGAACGGCUCCGCGUAAGAACAUUGAUGUUAUGCAGGAAGCCCUCGGUCAGGUCAAAGAAGUAGAAGCAGAAUUGGCACGCAAGAAGAAGAAAGAGAAAAAGAAGAAGAGGAAAUCAUCUGAGAUGCAAGAAGAAGAAGAAGAAGAAGAAGAGAUGGAGACAGAAACACCCAAGAAGAAGAAGAAAAAGAAGAAGGUAGAAGUGGAGCCGGAGUCUGAACCCGAGGAAAUGGAGACAGAAACACCCAAGAAAAAGAAGAAAAAGAAGAAGGAGCAAGCAGAGGAAGAGGAAGAAGUGGAAGAUACACCAAAGAAAAAGAAGAAAAAGAAGAAGAGUCUUGGGGGAGAGGAGUCAAAUGGGCAUGUAGAACCGGAAGAAGAAGAAGUGACGGUCGUCAAAAAGAAGAAGAAGAAGAAGAGUCUUCCAGAAUAAGGGCUCCAUGUCAUCAUUCAAUUUUUGUAUAAUUAAUCUUAAAGCUUUUAUGUAUUUUUAUGUCUUUUAACUUUAGUACAAAUCUUCUUUUAUUUGUAACUCAUCACUUUCCCCAUUUGUUAACAGGAAAAUACAGCUUUAUGGUUUAUUCUUUUUUUUCUGCAGUUUUGAUUUAAAUGGUUGAACUCAACUUUUGGAAUGCCUGGUCCUUUUGGGGGCAGAUGAUUUUGCAAUUUCACAAUUUAUUUCAAAAUAACUUUUUCAUAGAUGAUCUUGAUAUUUGCUGCUAUAUGGACUUGUGUUGAAUAAUUUAAUUUCAUGUUUUGAAAUCAAAAUGAAAGUUGCCUCAUAAAUCAUGUUCAUUGCAACAUAUUUUUGAUCAGCCUAAUAAUCCACUUGAUACAUAAUUUUCUUUUUAUCAUUUUAUUUGUUAACGUUGACCAAUUUUCUGAUCAUGUAAUAAGGUAAAAUAUUUUGUGGCAAAAAAUAUAAAAAAUAAGCAAAAAAAGUCCAGAUGUAAAUACAUGUAGAUAAUGGCAUUUUAUUCAUUGUGAAAUAUAACUUCAUAGUGGGAAAUAAUUGUUCCUUUUAUCUUUACUCUUUGGUUUAUUUUAGCUCCAAUCAUGCACAAAAUAUAGAUGAAUGCAUGUUAUCAUUAAUUGGCUCUAUUUUUGUGAUCAAUAUUUUCACCAAAUACAGAAAAUCUAGUACAUACUAAAAAAAAAUAUGUUACCAGUAUAUGGAGUCCUUUGAUUACCUCAGGAAAGUAUUUAACAAAUUAAAACCAUGAACGUCAGAAGAAGAAGAAAAAUCCUUCCCAAAGCUGGGGGAUAUCUUGCACUUAAUCUGUAAAUAACUUCCCAAGAAGAAUCAACCCACUAACUUCAUGAAUAAACUUACCAGUUCAUUAUAUUAA